AUCACCAGCGGGGAUCUAUUGACUAAUUAAUGGUCGUUUCAAUUUGGAGAGAAUGGUGACCCCGUCUGGGCUGCUCUCUCCCUGGCUGGUUCUACUAACGCUAACGCUAGCCACCGCCAUGGGCUGCAUUCAGAGCAUCGCCUGCAAAGCGCGAGUUCAUCGGGAGAACAUCGUGGUGUACGACGUCUCCGCCACCAUCGACCAGCUGCCGACGGUAAUUGAGGAAGACUCGCCCAUUGUGCUGCGCUACAAGACGCCGUAUUUCAAGGCUUCGGCCCGCCUGGUGAUGCCGCCCGUUCCGCGCAAUGAGACUUGGGUAGUGGGCUGGAUACAGGCUUGCACGCAGAUGGAGUUUUACAACACUUACAGCGACAUCGGCAUGUCAAGCUGGGAAUUGCCAGAGCUGCGUGAGGGUCGCGUGAAGGCCAUCAGCGACUCGGACGGCGUGAGCUACCCCUGGUACGGCGACACCACGGAGACAGUGACCCUGUCCGGCCCCACCUCCAAGCCGUCCAGCUUCACCGUCAGCAUGAACGACAACUUCUACCCCAGCGUGACGUGGGCAGUGCCCGUGAGUGACAGCAGCACUCCCCUCCUCACCCGCGUCGAGCGCGACCAGAGCUUCACCACCUGGCUGGUGGCACUCAACGCCGUCACCAAGGAGACCAUCCUGCUGCAGACCAUAAAGUGGCGCAUGCGGGUGGACAUCUCCAUCGACCCCGCCAAGCCCCUGGGGUCCCGCGCCACGCUGGCCGGCCGGCCCCGCCAGGAGCAGCCGCGCAUCCUGACCCACAUGGAGCCCAUACCCCCCAACGCCCUGGGCCGCCCCAACGCCAACGACGCACAGGUGCUCAUGUGGAGGCCCAAGAGAGGAGCGCCCCUAGUGGUCAUCCCACCAAAGUAA